GAAGCGUUUGGUUUAAGAUAAAAACAAAGCCAUCUGCUAAACUCUUGCAAUUGAAAACCAACUGAAACCUUCUUCUGCUUGUUCUUCAUAUUCUUUGCGUAUUCUUUUGCUUUCGUGUUUCCCCAAGGGGGUAGUGGAAAGAGCUCUGUGAUAUUGAAGGUCGAAGAUAGAGAAGAAGGAGAGGGAAAUUAAUCAAGAUGAACGACCUGAUGACAAAAUCCUUCACCAGCUAUGUGGAUCUGAAGAAAGAAGCCAUGAAGGAUCUGGAUCUCGAAGCUGGGAACUUGGAGAUGUCAUCGUCCACAACGUCUCACAUGGACAGCGACCUCAGCCUUUUCCUUGAAGAGGCCGAGAAGGUGAAGCAGGAAAUGGUGUCUCUCCGAGAGAUUCUGGGACGCCUACAGCAAUCCAACGAGGAGAGCAAGUCCCUCCAUAAAUCCGAGGCCUUGAAGUCCCUCCGCAGCAAGAUCAAUGCCGACAUCGUCACGGUUCUCAAGAAAGCCAGGGCCGUCAGAUCUCAGCUGGAAGAAAUGGACCGUUCAAAUGCAGCCCACAAGAGGCAGAGCAGCCAGAGCAGCAGCAGCAACCCGGCCAUUUACAGGACCAGAGUGGCAGUCACAAAUGGGCUGCGGAAGAAGCUCAAGGAGCUGAUGAUGGAGUUCCAGACCCUGAGGCAGAAGACGAUGAAUGAGUACAAGGAAACAGUGGGGAGAAGGUAUUUCACGGUGACAGGGGAGUACCCAGAUGAAGAGGUUAUAGAGAAGAUAAUCUCCAAUGGAGGUGAGGAAUUCAUGGGGAGGGCAAUUGAGGAACAUGGCAGAGGUAAAGUCCUUGAGACCGUGGUGGAGAUUCAGGACAGACACGAUGCCGCCAAAGAGAUAGAGAAGAGCCUGCUGGAGCUGCAUCAGGUGUUCCUGGAUAUGGCGGUCAUGGUGGAGGCACAGGGCGAGCAAAUGGAUGACAUUGAACACCAUGUUUUGAAUUCUUCUCACUAUAUCAAGGAUGGAACCAAACAGCUUCAUACUGCCAAGGACUACCAGAGGAGUAGCAGGAAGUGCAUGUGCAUUGGGUUGAUACUUUUGCUGCUUAUCAUUCUUGUUGUGGUCGUCCCCAUUGUCACCAGCUUCGCUGACUCUUAGAAUUUUUCAGCUCUUUCAACAACAUUUUGAUGUUGUUUUGUUUAAUUUGUUGUUAGGUUUAAAAGUUGUGUGUCUUUGCUAUGGAUUCUCUGUUGCGAGCCAUAAAUUCUUUAAUUUUUCCUCAACUAAUUAAGUUGAAUAUAUAAAUAUUGUUGGUGGAUGGUUAUUCUAAUUCA